UUGGAAGUGACUUCAGUGUGUAAUAGCAAGGGGAAAUUGGCACCAAAUAAGCAUGCAGCAGUGGUUCAACAAAAAAAAAAGAAGUGGUUCGCAAAAAUGAUUUUAUUCUCACGGUUGUACAGAGCUCCAGCGCCUGCAAUCGUAGUGAGAACAAAAAAAGGAAGAAGGAAAAAGCAUCAGCAUCUAUUGAGAAACAAGGGGGGGAUUGCUGCUGCUUUUUUGUUGCUAUGUUGGUUUGGUGCUUCUCAUCGUUUGCUUCGUUUAUUUAGCGUCAAUGAUUGCAUCGACCGUCGAUUAGUUUUCGCCACGAUCACGUAAAAUCCCUCCCUCCAUCCCUCCCACUGCCGCUUUCCCAUUGUCGCGAUCCAUUAAAAACCGUUCUCCCUUAGCCUUCUUCUCGAGGAUGGCCCCGAAGUGGUGAGCCCCGAAUCAAGUCCAUCCUUUCCGAUCGAGCCCAAACAUCUUUGCUUAUCUACGGGGCACGUCGAAUGGAAGAUUUUGUCGGUGUCGCUUUUUUUGCUGUUGUUAGUGUUUGGUCAUUUGGUGGUUACCUUCUGCCCUGGCCGGCGGACGGCUCUAUGGCUCAAUUUCCGUGCCAUUUCGUGGGAUGCUAAAAGCAGUGGAAAGCGAAGAGACGCGGGUGAUCGUUUAGUGAUUUUUGUUUUAUUUUUUCCUCAUAUUGGCGUACAGUGAUUGCCAGAAAUGGUCGUGCUGUUGUGGUGUUGCGCCAGCAUAGGAAAUCGAGUUCAAAUCCGAAACAAACAGCACACCAAAAGACGGAACAAGUGGUCACUCGGUCGGCACUGUAGCACUGGAGUGUUCAUUUCUUAAUCGUUCGCUUAUAACAUCGAUUUCGUGGUCAGCGCUUUUUCGCCCAUUUGCCGCAAGUCCAAUUUGAUUAUUAGCGCGUGCACACUACCCUUCGGCAUGCUCGUGUGUAAGGCUUCACGUCACUGCGUGUGUGUGUGUGUGCUUUGUGUGUGUGUGUAUCCACACUAUCCGACCAGAAGCGAAGAGGGAAGGCGCAUUCACAUCUCUAUAUAUGUGUUUCAUUAUGUUUUUUUUUUAUUUUAUUUUGCGUGCUUCAUAUUUAUAUUCGCUCGCCAAUAUUCGCAAACCGCGGCUCAUCGUCGGGGUUUCGGUUUUCGGGCUGCUGCUGCUGCUUCGCUUAAUGCCCUACACCUUUUGGCGGCAAACAGGGGGCAGGAUGGUAUGGUCUGGGACCUGAGCCGGUGGAAAGGUGGGGUGUGCAGAAUUUUAAUUCCAGCUCACUCUCUUUCAUCUCCCGCCGACCACGGCGGCGGCGGCGGCAGCAGUGUGUGUCCAGUGUGCCCUCGUGAAACGAGCGAAAGCGCAGUGAGAAAAGCCCCGUUUUGCCCCAUUCAUAGUGUCACCGUCCGGACGGUUGGUUCAGUUUUUCGGCGGCUCCCUGCUUCGACGGUUGCCCUGCUUUCGGCUUUUCCCUCCCAAAACGCCCAGUGUGCGUGCGUCCAUGUGUGUGUGUGUGUUUUUGGUGGAAAAACGUUUCAUGUGUGUUCGAAUUUUUCCACUACUCGGGAAAACCCAAUUUUCCAGCGCUUGCUAUCGAAACCAACACAACAACAAAAAACCAUCCCCAAAACACACUCCGCCACACUCCGUAUCGUGAGCGGUGAGCUUGCCAGAGCGGGUGAGUGAGCCAAACGAAGGUACAGAACCUCCGAGCUGCACCGCUACCUUCCACUUCGUACAACUGCCGUCCUCCCCCCCCCCCCCCACUACCUUCGACACUGCUCAGCGCGGUAAGAUGAAAGGGAAUCCGCGCGCGCAAUAACCUUUUAAAAUAUAUAUCAUUUGCAACGGUUGGUGGAAGAAGUGUUCUUGCCCAAUGUGUGCGUGAGUGUAUGUGUGUGUGUGUGUGUUGUUGCUGUUGUGUGCUCUGUUCGGUUGCUUCCUUGCGGUUGCUUGAUUUGCCCGUGAGAACCCUUGUGUGUUUUGUGAAUAUGCAUAUGUGUGUGUUUUGGAUUGUAGCUGUAUUUGUAUGGAGUGUGUGUGUGUGACUUCUUUUUUGUUUUUAUUUUUUGUUGUUGCUUUUUAUUUCAUUUCAUUCACUGCCGCCGCCGCCGCCAUGUGUCUUCUUCUAUGUCUUGGACGGUUCGUUUUAAUAUUUUUUUUUUUUUCCACGUGUGUGUGUGUGUGUGUGUGUGUCGGUGGAUUUCUUUAUUCGGUGAUUAUUUCGCUACUCCUGUUGAUUUUGUUCCUACACACACACACACACUUACACACACACUUACACACACACACACACACACACACACACACACACACACACACACACACACACACACACACACACACACACACACAAACACAUUCGGCUCCCAAAAACGCAACCCCUGUUCGUGAUAGCCUUCCGCUCAUGGGGUAGUAGGGGUGAGCCGUGUAAGUGUGCUUUUGGUGCAAAUUCGCAAAACCACCCCUACUCCGCACUCUCCCUCCAUUUCCUACUCCUCCCCUCCCCCAUCCUCACACGCCAUCAAGUCGCGAAUCCCAAAUGGUUUGGAGGGCCCGAACGAUCCCGAAAAGCAGAGCAGCAGCACCGGCGGCCGCAGUAAACCGAUUGCGAGGCGGGGGCUAAUAUGUGUGUGCGCUCGACCGCGCGCGCGCGCACACACACGCUUGUUCCACGGCUCGCGCAAACCAUCUUUGCCAGUCUCCGUUCUGCCGCUUGGUCUUGCGCGUUUGCCCAGGGCAUUUGGAUCGGAUCGGUCGGACUCUGUUGUUUUUUGCUCCACUCCUGAACGGUGCUAUCUGUGUGCCGGGGUUAAGUUUAUCGUCACCAAAUGCCGGAAGCAGCCAACCCUUCCAUCGACCAUGUGAACCUCCAGCAGAGCGUAUGAGUAGUGCAAGUGUUCGUGUGUGUGGGAGUUGUGUGUCGUUUUGCAACUACCUGCGGAUGCACCAUUCGGUGUGUGCGUGUGUGUGAGUGUGCGUGUUGUGUAAUUUGUGAGUGAUCCAUUUCCGGCCCUGUCGUGGGGGAGCUCGCUAACGUGUUGUGUGUGUGUGUGUGUGUGUGUAUUUUGAGAGCACCACCCCACCGGCGACCCCAUCAAGUGAGUUCUCGGGCGUUGGGGGUUGUUGGCUCACCUAACAACUGGGAGUGUACAUCCUGUGUCAUCGUGCGGUUUGUGGUUCCGAUUCCAUUUCCGACUCAAAAUUUGUCAAGGGAAGCGAGAGAAAGAGAGAGAGAGAGCAAAAGAGCUUGAGACGAAGAAUCGAUUUAACUACAUUGCAUCAGCUAAAAGAAAAAGACGUCCAAGGUUUCUGGGUUUUUUAAUACUGCAACAACUGAUACCCAAGUUUUGCCAGCGGAAAGUAAAUCAUAAGUAUGCGUCUGGUACUGAUUGUGAUCUACCUGAUACUGAUAAUGCCCAUCACCGGCCUGUGGAGAGCCGAAGGUAGCAAUGUGCUGCUCGAUCCGGACCGGGUCUGCGAAAGCAAACACCGGAAGUCGCGACGCCUUUCGGGGAAGCUGGCCGACAUCUGCAAAAACGACACGUCUCUGAUGCGUGAAAUUCACCGAGGCAUCAGUUUGGGCUUUCGGGAGUGUGAGAACCAAUUUCGACACAACAUGUGGAACUGCUCCUGGACCAUCAAACGUAGUAUGCGCCGAAUUCUGGCCAAAGAUACGCGCGAGACAGCAUUCGUGCACGCGAUCACGGCCGCCGGUAUAACGUACGCGGUGACGAAGGCUUGCACGAUGGGCGACCUGCUGGAGUGUUCCUGCCAGAAGCACUCGAAAUCGAAACCCUCGGACGAGGGAGGACGGCGUGGUGGACGGGGCGGCGCUGGGUACCGGCCGGCCGGUGGCAAUCGUCGCCGCGUCGGCGGUGGCAACCGGGCAUCCAACCCGAACAGCAUCCUGAUUGCGCCCUAUCAGCAAAAUGUCAAUGCGAAUCCAGCCUACAGCACGCUGACAGCGGCCGAGAUUGCGAGAAAUGGUCGGGCGCAGGCAGUGGGCCGUCGGCCCAACAGCGGACGCUCCCAGCGGCAUACGCCCAAGGGAGCGAAUGGUGGUGCUACCGGUGGUGGUGGUAGCAGUGCUGUUGGACAGUUGGGCCCGAAUGCCGCCGGUUUACCGAAGGAGCUUCCCACGCUCACGAUACUGACCGGCCAGGAGGACAAGUGGAAGUGGGGCGGCUGCGACGAUAAUGUAAACUUUGGCGUACGAAAAUCGAAAGACUUUCUCGACGCGCGGUUGCGCAAGAAGAGCGACAUCAAGACGCUGGUCCGGCUGCACAACAAUGACGCGGGCCGAUUGGCCGUCAAGCAGUUCAUGCGCAUGGAGUGCAAAUGUCACGGGCUGUCCGGGUCCUGCACGACCAAAACCUGCUGGAUGAAACUGCCCCCGUUCUCGGAGGUGGGCGCCCGGCUGAAGGAACACUUUGACGGCGCAACCAAGGUAAUUGCGCGGAACGAUGGGCACAGCUUCAUGCCGGACGAUGCGACGAUCAAGCUGCCGACCAAGCGGGACCUGGUGUACACGGAGGACUCGGACGACUUCUGCGAGCCGAACGCCAAGACGGGCUCGCUCGGGACGCACGGCCGGGAGUGUAACAUCACGUCGAGCGGCGUGGACGGCUGCAGCCUGAUGUGCUGCAAGCGGGGCCAAACGCACAGCCAGAUGGAGGUGAAGCGCAAUUGCAACUGCAGCUUCAAGUGGUGCUGCGAGGUGACGUGCAGCACCUGCAUCGACAUACAGGAUGUGUACACCUGCAAAUGAGUGGUUCGGUCGUUAGUAUUGGGUUAGAUGUUUUGGGGUUGAGAGUAGAAGCUAGAGAGCUCUAGUACAACCAAGGCGAGUGCGAUUUCGCGUCCCCAAGUUGUGAAAAGUGUUUGUGUAAGUUAUCAGGGAAUAAAGGGAAAAGAGGGCAUACAAAAACUGGAAGAAUGCAGGAAGAAAAGUUGGAAAGGACAUACAAAAGAUGGGAAAAAUGAGCUAAAUAAGAAGGAAGGCGGCAGGUAUGCGUCAAACUAGAAAUGUUAAAGACUGACUGAAAUUAGUUGUGAAAUUUAAACCGAAUUGAGCACCUUUCAAUAUUGCGUGAGAACAGUGCAGUGAGAAUGAUUGGAAGAAAAAAGAACGAAAGAAAGAAAGAGAGAGUACAGAGAGGAAGUAGUGAAGCGAGACACUAAAAUGUGCGAAAAUAACAGUUAUCAGAGAGCAAAUACUGAGUGUACAUACCGAAAAGAGGAUUUAAAAAACCCAGCAUCCCUCCCCUUUACAAGUUUCCUUCCCUCUCCUUAAAAAUCAUGUAUUAAUCUAAACUCUAAUGCUUUUUGUGAUCUGUGGUGAACACACUACCGUAAACCGAUUAUGAUAUUUAUUGUUAAGUGCUACACGAUCGUGUACGAUCGAACGAUGACUGUGCAUGCGCGAACGAAUCGAACGAACGAAUUUAGGGAAGAAGCGGGGAGCGGGUGGUCAUUUCUUUUUUGUUUUGGCAGCAGAUGAUGAUCAUAAUAAAAUGCAAAAAUCAAACAACGCAACAACAGAAUCGCACACCGAAA